AUGUAAGAAGAAAUUAUGGAAGUGAAUAAAUCCACAUUAAUGAUAUAAUAGUUAAACAGGGAUCUCUUAAUAGAAAUGGAAUAAUAAAGGAGAUUUUCUGAUAUUCUUACAAAACAGAUAGAAUUUUAUCUCAUAAAGCAAAUGAAAAACACCAUAUUAGUUUGUAAUUAUACAUUUGGUUUAACUUUUUUGUUUAUUUAUUUCAUUUCCACAACAAUACAUAUCAUAUAUGUGCAAAGAAGAUACAAAAAUUGUAUCUUAGGACUUGUAACUUUAACUGAAGAUUUAUUGAAUGACAAAACUAACCUUAAUCUAUUGAAGAGAUUGAGUAAAUGA